UUUGAAUCUAAUAGGAUCAACACCAAUAUUUUUUUUAACAUCAAAAAAAUAAUUAUUAUAUAAUUAGGAUCCAAAAAAAAAAAUUCUUCUAUAAAUAUUUUUAAAAUGGCUUAUAAAUAUAUUAUUUUCUUUACAAUAAUUGGAUUCAUUGCUGCUACACCAAUUGAAUAUCAUGAAGCUGGACAUCAUUUACUUGAACAUCAUGAACCACCACAACCAUAUGAUUUCUCAUAUGGUGUACAUGAUGAACAUACUGGUGAUGUUAAAGAUCAACAUGAAUCAAGUGAUGGACAUAAUGUACAUGGUUCAUAUAGUUUAAUUGAUGCUGAUGGUUAUAAACGUACAGUAAAAUAUCAUGCUGAUCCACAUAGUGGUUUUAAUGCUGAAGUACAUCGUGAACCAUUAGGACAUGGACAUCAUAAAGUUAUAAUACCACAUCAUUCAUAUGAAGGACAUGGACAUUUCUAAAAUAAAAAACAAAAAAAAAAAUUAUAUUAUAAUUAUAUUUGAAUAAUAUUAAUUGAAAAAGAAAACAAACAAAAAAAAAAAAAGUAUUGUGUAUAUUUAAAAACUUUAUGUAUGUACCUACUUAUUUUACUGUUAUAUUUAAACUGUAAUAUUUUUACUUUAUUUUUAUUAUUAUUUUAAUUCUAUAUUAUAUAAUUUUUUAAUUUUUACAACUUAGCUAUUUUAACUUUUAUAUUAUUUUAGAAAAUCAAAAGAUUAUACGAACAACAUUUUUUUUGAUUUUGCU